AUGAUCCUCAUUAAUGGGAGGAGGAUCCUCUCUCACGAUUUCCAGAGGGAGUCGUCGUUUCCUCCCCCGCCGCCGCCGCCGGCGACGGCGACGGCAGGGGUUUCAUCCGGGGCCAAGAUAAGCCCGGCGCUGCUGUUCAUCAUCGUGAUUCUGGCGGUGAUCUUCUUCAUCUCCGGCCUGCUCCACCUGCUGGUGAGGUUCCUCAUCAAGCAGAGCCCCUCUUCCUCGCCGGAAAACGGCGGCAGGCGCCACCGGAGGGAGAUUCUGGGGUCGGAGGCGCUGCAGAGGCAGCUGCAGCAGCUGUUCCACCUCCACGAUUCUGGGCUGGACCAGGCAGCCAUCGACGCCCUCCCUGUGUUCCUCUACGGGGAGAUCGUUGGCUCCAAGGAGCCCUUCGACUGCGCCGUCUGCCUCUGCGAGUUCGCCGCCGGCGACAAGCUCCGCCUACUCCCCGUCUGCAGCCACGCCUUCCACAUCGCUUGCAUCGACGCCUGGCUGCUCUGCAACUCCUCCUGCCCGCUCUGCAGGGGCACCCUCUUCGUCCCCGGCCAGGCUAUCGAGAACCCCGUCUUCGACCUCGACGACGACGGCGGCGGUGGGGGCGAGGAGAGGGAGGGCCUUGCUGCCGGCGGGAAGAGGGUCCUCCCCGUGAGGCUCGGCAAGUUCAGGGCCGUCGGAGGAGGAGGAGGGCCCGGCGGCGCCGCCGUGGGGAGAGAGGAAGGGGAGACCAGCAGCAGCUGCCUCGGUGCCCGGCGGUGCUACUCCAUGGGGUCGUACCAGUACGUUGUGGGGGAUCCCGAGCUGCGGGUGGAGCUGAGCAGGAGGAGGAAGGAGGAGGAAGGAGGAGCCAUGGCGACGAGUAAGGAACUGGGUCGGAGCUCUCCGGUCGUCGGCGACGGCGACGGCGGCGGCGGAAAUGGGAAGCGGUUGUGGGCGGGGAGCAAGGACGAGAGCUUCUCGGUGUCGAAGAUCUGGCAGUGGCCGAACAAGAAGGAAAAGUUCCCGUUGGCGGCGGUGGACUGUUCGUCGUUCGACGGCGGCUCGCCGUGGGUUCCGGCAGCCGGCGGAAAGGGGGCAGAUUCCUGA